AUGCUUGAUGCUCGAUUGAAUUUUAAUCAACAGGUGGAGCACGUCAGUGCUAAGGCGCCAAUAGUUAGGACGAGACAUGCUCGACUGAUGCCAAAUGUUGGAGGCCCUAAACAAACCAGAAGGAUAUCACUAUCAUCAAUGGUUAGUUUGGUGCUUACAUAUGGUAUCACCAUAUGGGCUGAUGCCCUCAAAACUCAAUCGAGGAGAAUGACAGGACCUAUAUAUUGUCUGAAUGCUUUAAGGAUUGCUUUCGCUUUUCGCACGAUAUUGGAGGAAGCAGUGUGCGUUAUUUUAGGAACUCUGCCUCUAUUAAUCUUAGCAGAAGACAUCAACAACUGA